GCUUUUCCUAAUACCCACUAUAAAAUACACCCUUCCAACUCUAAACAUUCAUCCAUCAAAAUACAAACCAAAACAACAUCUGAUUCUUGAAAGUCAUGUCCAAUACCGCCGGUCAAGUCAUCAAAUGCAAGGGUUCGAACCCCAUAUCAUAUCAUAUCAGAGUUGUGGAGAGCGUAGGAGAGGCCAGUCCAGCAGGUGAUUGCGGAGAUGACCAAUGGAGGCGUGGAUCGAAGCGUUGAAUGUACAGGAAGCGUCCAAGCAAUGAUCUCUGCGUUUGAAUGUGUUCAUGAUGGGUGGGGCGUUGCUGUGCUUGUUGGGGUACCAAACAAAGAUGAUUCCUUCAAAACACAUCCAAUGAAUUUCUUGAACGAGAAGACCCUGAAGGGAACGUUCUUUGGGAACUACAAGACCCGUUCCGACAUUCCAAAUGUGGUGGAGCAGUACUUGAAGAAGGAGUUGGAAUUGGAGAAGUUCAUUACUCACUCUGUCCCCUUUUCUGAGAUCAACAAGGCAUUCCAUUACAUGCUACAAGGACAGUCAAUUCGAUGCAUCAUCCGAAUGGAGCAUUGAUAUGUUUCCAAACCCCUUUGUGUUCCUCCUU